AUGGCGUUUCUGAGGAGCGUGCCGCGGCGAUGCUGCAAGAAGCUGGUCAAGUGCGGCGCGCCGCCGUUGCCCGUGGUCGGCCUCCUGGAGAACGCCGCGGCGGCAACGGCGACGGCGACGGCGACGACGGCGACAGCGGCGGCGGUUACCAGGGCACCACCGCCGUUGCGGCUGGUUGCACAGGUGCGCGGGUACGUCACCUCCUCCUCCUCCUCUUCCUCCGCCGCCGCCGCCGCCACUGACAUCGAGAAGCAACGACAGCAGAAACAAUCGGCGGUACCUCGGCAGAUCGACCCGCUCGAUUUGAAGUUUAAUGACCCGAUCGCCGCAUUCAAGAGCAAGACCACUAUGGAGUUGAUGCGCGCCUAUGUCGUCUACCAGAUGUGCUCCAUCGAGUACAUCGUGGAGAACAACAUGAAGUUUAUGAAAUGGGCGAAUUCACUGCUGGGAGAAAGGCUGUUCGCGAGGGUCAUGAAAGCGACGUUUUACGGUCACUUCGUCGCCGGCGAAGACGAAGUGCAGAUCACUCCUGUCUUAGAUAGGCUGCGGCAAUUUGGCGUUAAACCGAUCCUUGAUUAUUCCGUCGAGGAAGACAUUUCGCAGGAGGAGGCCGAGCGACGCGAAGUUCAAGCUUCGGUGUCGGAAGCGGGCGACGAGAAGAGGGAGGGGCCGCUUAAAAAGUAUCACGUGGAGAAAUCGUUCGCCGAUCGGCGAUACAAGGUGUCGUCGGCCAGGACGUAUUUCUACCUGAACGAAGCGUCAUGCGAGCGAAACAUGGACAUAUUUAUCAGGUGUCUGGAGGCUGUGGCGAGUGCUUCGAUGGGAAUGGGCAUCACAGCCGUCAAAUUAACGGCGCUCGGCCGGCCGCAGCUUCUGCUGCAAUUGUCAGAGGUAAUUAUGCGCGCACGGCAGUACACGUCGGACGUUAUCGGCGGCGAGGGUGCCGUUCUGGCGCAUCACGCGAAGCCCGAUGAUUUUAGGAAAAAAUUCGAGGAGGCACGCAUCAAGGACGAGGCGUCGGUGCAAAAGUUCCUUCAAAAAAUUCAAGCGGAUAAGGACGGUGUGAUUCAUCUUUUCCCGUGGAGCGGUAUUCUAGACGAAAAUUAUGAACUGAGCGAAACGUUCCAAGUACCUGAUAUUAAGACGGGCAAAAUGGUUAGGCUAAUGUCGCAGCUCACGUCCAAGGAAGAAGAGAUGUUUAGGAACAUGAUCAGGCGUUUAAACAAUAUCGUCACGGUAGCUGACAAUCUGGAUGUGCGUAUCAUGAUAGAUGCGGAGCAGACGUACUUCCAACCGGCCAUUUCUCGCCUGACCCUGGAGAUGAUGCGCAAGUACAAUACGAAAAAGGCUGUGGUAUUCAACACUUACCAGACGUAUCUGCAAGACGCAUUUAACGAGGUGAAAACGGACCUCGAACAGGCAGAGCGCCAAAACUUUUAUUUCGGUGCUAAACUCGUCCGCGGCGCGUACAUUGAGCAGGAGAGGGCAAGAGCAGCAGCUAUGGGUUAUCCAGAUCCCACGAACCCAACGUAUGAAGCGACAACCGAGUCCUACCAUAAGACGCUCAUGGAGUGCCUGAGGCGGAUGAAACAGUACAAGGACAAGGGCGAAGAUCCCAAGAAAAUAGGAAUUAUGGUCGCCUCGCACAAUGAAGACACAGUGCGUUUCGCGAUCGAGAAAAUGAAAGAAAUCGGAAUUUCGCCGGAGGAUAAAGUCAUAUGUUUCGGCCAGUUGUUAGGAAUGUGCGACUACAUAACAUUUCCAUUAGGACAAUCCGGUUACUCCGCGUACAAGUACAUCCCAUACGGACCGGUUAAGGAGGUAUUGCCGUAUUUGUCGCGGCGCGCGCAAGAGAAUCGGGGCAUACUAACGAAGAUCAAGAAAGAGAAACGCCUGCUGCUGAAUGAAAUCGCGAGACGUAUAGUGCGCGGCAAGCUCUUUUACAAACCUAAGGGCAAUUAUACUCCGGUUUGAGCAGUCAAUCCGUUUAGUUGCACACAGACAGAAUUUUAAGUAUCAAAUUUAAGUAGUGGUUGUAAAUUAUUGAGAACUCUCCUGAAAGAACUUGAGGCGGGCACUUCAGAUUGAAAUAACUGAUUGAAGUAACUUGACGGACCUGUUACUGUACUCGGAAGAGAGAGAGAACGAAAAAGAAAAGAAAGGAAAGUUAGUGAAAGAGAGCGUCACGUUCGCGUUCGUGAGCGUGAAUGUGUACGUGACUUAAGGAUGUACGCAGUGUUAUCUAUUACGUAAAAAUCGCCUUAGUGUUGUAUUAUCGAAUGUACCGAUGCUCAAAGCUGUUGAGUAAAGCUGUAGUUAUGUAUUCGUUGCUCGUUUCGUUCGUCGUUAUUAAAGAGGAUGCCAGUGAUAGUGCUACAAUUUAGUUUCACUCACGAGAAAAGUGUUUUCACAAAGAUCGAGCAAAGAGAGUCCAAAACCAAUAAUUCAAUUCUUUCCACAGCUGGUGUAUAAAAAUAACAAUGAUUUUUUUAAACGAUAGUCCGCGUAUUAUCUGUACACAGUAUAUUAAGAGAUCAACCGAAUUGAUCAGCAGCUUUUUCGGCUAUGAAACGCAACGAUGAUGACGAUUGGGACAAAUUUUAUGUUGGGUUUUCUUUUUAGCAUAUUUGUGUUCUUUUCAAGUUUUACAAUUUCUUUGAGAAUCUCGUCAAAUAUUUUCCAUGUGUAUAUAAUACACGCGCGCAUCAAUUAUUUAUGAUUUGUGUUCACCUAAAUGUCUUAUCGUCCGUAGUAUCGGUAAAAAGGGGGAGAGGGGGGGGGCGGGAUUAAGAAGAAACAAACGCUUAAAUCCGGAAGUACAAUCGUAUGAUUUGCUAUCAUCUCGACGAUUAUCGCUCAUGGUGAACGUAGAAUAUGGACUGCUUAGAACAUUCGCGAUACGUUAUAGUUACCAGGAAGCAGCGGAUAGCAAAUUGUAUCACGUGCACUUCCAUUAAGCGUAUAACGUCGUCGAUGAGCAUUUUAAUACACGAUCUGCGGAACAAUAGAGAAAUGAUCAUGUCUGGAUAAAGGAAAAGAAAUAAAUAACAUGCGUAUUAAAGAAAAGAUAGUUUUCUUAGAAGUGCGACGAGAUAACAGGGUGAAAGUAUAAUAGGAUUCAGGAGUAUCUUAGCGAGAGACGUGCGGAUUUUCGAAUGCUCUUGAGUAGAAACAGAAGAGAGAGAGAGAGAGAGAGAGAGAGAGAGAGAGAGAGAGAGAGAGAGACAGAGUUCUUCGUAGUGCACGUGUGUCGAGUCGCGAUACAAAAGUGAUUUUGGGCUGGUAACGAUACGGCGAUAACGAAAGCCGGAGAGAUCUGCGAAAAACGCGAUAUUUCUUUUGUGAUACAUUAAUAGCCGUUAGUUAAGCCACACGUAUGUGUACAUGAGAUAUUAAUCCCACUUCGCUUCAGCCUAAAAUUGCUUCUCGCGUUGCAAAGAUAAUCCGUAAGAAAAGCGUACGGCGCUGUUGGAGAACACUGCGAAUACUGUCGAUAAAAAAAAAAGAAAGAUAUGCACUCCGUCAUCCUCACUGUUUCUUUCCAAGAAAGAAAACGAAGGAGGGUCGAUUUAUGAUUUAGAAACAAUAAAUUCAUGCCGUGAUUUGAAUAAGAGUUUUAAGUAUUAACGAAUCCUUUUUUCAUCCGUCAUGCGAUAAAAUUAUGAGAUAGAAUUAUACUUCGAAGAAAGUUAUUGGAGAUUAGGCGAUGAUCUGAUUAAUGGAAGGGAGAAUUGCGUCCAAUCUGAUGUGUUUCGUAUAUAAUUUAGCGUUACUCGUCGAUGUCAAUACAGGGCUGUAAUUCGCGACUUCGAAAAAUCACGAUCAUACAAUCAACGAUCAGCAAGUUACGAUAUCAUUUAGCCUGUAAGAUUGUACAAGCGUUUCCGGGGAAGUUGUGCAGUGCAUUCUGAUAUUCUCAGGCCAGUAUUUCCUUUAUACUCGCAAUCGACGACUCAAUAAUGUAUUCCUCCAGUCGGUACUAUUACCGUCCUUUUUGUUUUAAACUCACAGAUUGUCAUCAGAUUAUACUCAUUUCGUUUCUCUCUCGACGAUCUGUACGUGAGUGCAGUCAUUUGUGAUCUCUUAUCUUUUUGCUGUAUACAUUAUGCGAGAGCGUUUACGUUUAUAGUAUGUGUGUAUGUAGCCUACAUUUAUACACGACUGUAAUAAUCCUAACGAAAUGCGUAAGGUAUUUACUCGCUUCGUAGGGACGCACUGCGUGCGCGACAUUGAUCGAUUCGCGGGAGAAAAGGAAAGGAAGGAAGAGUUGUAGAGCGAGUCUAAAAAAAAAUUUCUGUGAAUCAUAUGUUAAUGCUUGAAGAAAAAGAAGGAAGGAAAACGAGAAACAUGAUCGAUGAAGAAAUAAAUAAAGGGGCAUUGUUACAAGUUACACGGGCUAAUAGCUAAAAUGUUUCCAAGUUCUAUAUGGUAUACUGGAUGUCCAUGAGUGUGUGCGUGCGUGUGUAUGCGUGUAAAUUUUUAAACGUUAUACGUUGAUAAAUUUGGUUGAGAUUCAAGGCUUUCUUCAAAGCCAGCUAAUUCGUGCCCUGUCACGCUCUCAUGAGUACGCGAGCUUCUACUCGUGGUCCCGUUAAGAAAUAAGAUGCUGACAAUAACUUAGAUAGAUAAUGUUGACGUAUGUAUAUACAUAUACAUAUAUAUGUAUAUAUAUACAGACGUAUAAUAGGUGUAUGAAUCCUGUCACUUGCAUUUAUGUCAUUCAUUGAAAGUUGGAAGAGAGCAGAGCGCGAGACCAAUGAUGCGUCCUGGGGAUGUGGAGGCGUUUAUUCAGAAAGAAAUUGAUGAAGAACCGUCGCAAAAUUUCCAACUACUCUAAUUCGAGUACUCGGCGUUUUACUGCCAAAGCAUUCGAGUUGCGAUGAGAUUGAUCCAUUGCUAUCCUUUUUUUUUUUUUUUUAAGGAAUUUCGAAUUUCUCAGUAGUUUUGAAAGUUGCAGAUGAUUUCGUCGAUCUUUUUCCUCUCUUCGUCUUACUUUUUGUCGAUUGUUUUCUCUCUCUCUCUCUCUCUCUCUCUCUCUAAUUACGUGCAAUCUUUUCUUUUUAUUCAGUCGACGCUUAAAUAAACUAGUUAACAGUCCUAAUGAGCUCUUAGAAAUUCAUGUAUUAAGUCAACGUUCGUUAACGAGGAAGAUCGGCGAAAUCUGAGUCAUGAGUGAUCAGCGCUUUUAAUGUAUUUAGUUUUUACGAAGUACAAAAACGAAUGGAGAAUCAACGAUCUCUAUGAUGAAAGUAAUUCCAAGUAUUAAAUAUAUAUAGAAGAGAGAGAAGGGAAAAGAUAUUAAAGAGAAAUGCGUGCGAUUUGGUACGGACAAUCGAGCGUGUUUGCUUUUCCUUGGGGACGUUCGUUAUAGGCGUUCGUAGAACAGGUGAUCUCGGGAAUGGCGAUUUUGCGCGUCGCACAUGAAAGUGAAUUAAAGCGUCGAUCGAUAUAAAAUAAGAUAAUAUUUAUUAUUUCAUGAAAUACAGAUAAUAUAUGCCUU